AUGGGCAACCCAUAUGCGGCGACCAACCAAUUCCAAGUGUUUCCGCCAUAUAAUCAAUUCCGCCCACAAGCGCACCAAAGGGCCAGAGCCAAUUUUGCUGGGCCUCAUAUCAACCAAUUCGCCGGAGUUUGUGGUUGGAAUAAUCUCGGCGAAAAUGCGAACAACUCGUUGCUAGGGAACCAAGCAAUCGACCAAGGUGUGGUCGAACAAAUGAUUCAAGAUAUGGUGCCCCACACUAGGAGGAUUGGUAGGCCAGUCUACCGGAGGCCAUAUCCAGAGCACUUUGAUCAAGAAGAAUUUCCGAGGGGUUUCAAGGUUCCAAAUUUUGCACUAUUUUUGGGAGAUGGGCUCCAGUCGACUGUCGAACAUAGUGGCCGAUUCAUGACCCAAUGUGUAGAGAUUGGGCAUCAUGAGGCCUUGAAACUAAGUUUAUUCCCAAGUACACUCACGGGGGGCCUCUUUCUCGUGAUAUGUUAA